GCCUUUGGCUUAAUCGUGGCGCCGGUUGGAUGGCUCGUCUAACGACGGAUGGCAGCCCCAUAUAUUUUAGGCGUAGUACACUAGAUAGUUACACUAGACCCACACAACAAUAAGCCAGGCUGGCUGUCUCGCCGUAGAGUAUUCUCAGUGUUGGGGCUGGGGCAUUUUCCGGUUGGUCUUAAGUCAAAGAGGGCCCUGCCUGCACUUUGACGAAUCGAGCAGCUCUCCAGAAUGACACCCAAUACAGCUCUCCGACCGUGCAGGGUCACUAUCGCCGGGGCAGGCGUCGCUGGCCUUACGCUGGCUUUGGCGCUCGAAAAGACCGGAAUUGACUACGUUCUCCUCGAAGGAUACCCUGAAAUAGUGGCACAGGCUGGUGCUGGCAUUUGCUUGUUGCCGAACGGUCUGCGGGUGCUGGACCAGCUCGGAUGCUAUGAGGAUCUCCGUGACCAGGUCAAAGGGGUGCUUGACACGGCCUCUGUUCGGGACCCAAGUGGCGAGGCAUUGCACAUCUCGAAUGGCUGGAGUCAACGGCUGGUUGAGCGAUGGGGCUACUCGGGUUUCUGGUGUGACCGCAAGAUGCUCCUUCAGACCCUCUAUGACCAUAUCGCCGAUAAGUCAAAGUUGCUGGCCAAGAAGCGAAUCGAGACUGUCCAAGACGGGGAGGGCAGUGUUGAGGUUGUGACGACAGACGGAUCAACUUACCAAGCAGACAUCUUGAUUGGAACAGAUGGCACGCGUUCGCGCGUGAGGGAGGAGAUGGUCCGGCGUGCAAAUGAGCAUGGUGUCGGCCACGAAUAUGCAGACGACAAGGUCUCGGCAACGUACGCUUGCCUCUUCGGGCUAUCUUCUGCUGUCCCAGGCUUGUCCCACGGAUUGCUGCAAUGGAACCUCGGCCAUGGCUAUUCAUACGUGGUCGGCACCGGUCCUGACGACCGCGCAUAUUGGCUGCUGGCGACAAACCUGGGAAAGACAUAUCAUGGCGAGAAUAUCCCUUGCUUCACGGAAGAGGACAAAGAGCGAAUCGUACAAGAACACUGGAAUGAUCGCAUCACUCCAGACCUGCGCAUGUCAGAUUUAUACAAGGCCAAACAACACCUUGUCUGCACGCCCCUGAGGGAGACUACGUAUAAAAAAUGGUCUUUAGGCCGGAUGAUGGUGCUUGGAGACGCAGGUCACACGAUGCUUCCUGUUAUUGCCCAAGGGGGUAAUCAAGCAUUGGAGAGUGUGGCCGCCAUGACAAACUCCUUGCUGGCCGUGCUUUCGCAGCCGGCCGCAGGUAGGAUGUCAAAGGGCGAAAUACGAAGCAUGUUUGAAGAAGUACAGGAGCUCAGGGCAAAGCGAGUCACGAAGAUAGUUGACAUGGGGCGGCAGCGGCAGAAAAUGGAUGCCAUGGAGACGCCAGAGCUAGAGGAAUUUAUGUUGACCAAGUAUCCCUCACUGCUGCCGGGUGUUCUUAUAGAUCGAUGGGAUCAAACGUUCUCACCGGCUGUUUCACUCAGAUCACCAGCAGCGCCUCCGAGGCCCAAGCAAGUGCUGUUUGAGGAUGAAAUGGAAUCAAGCCAGGGUACAGCGAAUGGGAGUACAAGACUAAAAUUGUGAUCAGAGAAGGCCAGAGGCUUCUGUUUCCGUAAAUCCCAUGGUCAGAAGUCAAGUGAUAGCCUAGCCCUAACCAACCAAACGGAAUAGCUGACAUCGACAAGAAAAUUAAAAAAAAGUACCACCUAACACCGGCUCCAUGCAUGAAUAAUAGAAAAAGCUAGAUCGGAAAGGGACAUGAGUGG